CUUGUAUUCUUCAUUUUAUAUUGUAUGCCUUCUGUUCAUGAAAAUAGAAAUGUUUUGUUUCUUCAAACCCCGAGGAUAUUCCAGGACCAGGGCUAGGUCUCGAAAUGGGACAAUAUCCCGACACUCUUCCAACUCAACCUCAAGGCUAUAUUUUACCUUUAUUCUGCUGCUUCUCAUCUUCACGCCUAGAGUGGAUUCUUCCUGGUGGUACAUUGGAGCCCUGGGUGCACGGGUGAUCUGUGACAACAUUCCAGGCCUGGUGAACAAGCAGCGCCAGCUGUGCCAGCGCCACCCGGACCUCAUGCAGUCUAUUGGGGAGGGUGCCAAGGAAUGGAUCCGCGAGUGCCAGCACCAGUUCCGCCACCAUCGCUGGAACUGCAGCACGCUGGACCGAGACCACACUGUCUUUGGCAGGGUCAUGCUGCGCAGUAGCCGGGAGGCAGCGUUUGUGUACGCCAUCUCCUCGGCAGGCGUGGUCUAUGCAAUUACCAGGGCCUGCAGCCAGGGGGACCUCAAGAUCUGCAGCUGCGACGCCCAAAAGCGGGGCCAGGCUAGUGACGACAGGGGCGAAUUUGACUGGGGCGACUGCAGCGACAACAUCAACUAUGGCAUCAAGUUCACCAAGACCUUUGUUGAUGCCAGAGAAAAGAUGGUGAAGGACGCUCGGGCACUGAUGAAUCUACACAACAACCGCUGUGGACGAAUGGCAGUGAAGCGCUUUAUGAAACUGGAGUGCAAGUGUCAUGGCGUCAGCGGCUCCUGUGCCCUUAGAACCUGCUGGCUGGCCAUGUCAGACUUCCGGAGGACCGGGGACUACCUCCGGAAGAAGUACAACACGGCCAUCGAGGUGACCAUGAACCAGGAUGGCACCGGGUUCAUGGUGGCUGACAAGGACUUCAAGGGAACCACCAAGAAUGAGCUGGUGUAUGUAGAAAACUCCCCUGACUACUGCCUCAUGGACAGAGCAGCAGGCUCCCUGGGAACGGCAGGGAGAGUCUGCAACAAGUCUUCUAGAGGCACAGACAGCUGCGAGGUCAUGUGUUGCGGACGGGGCUACGACACAAUGCGCGCCAAGCGAGUCACCAAGUGCGAGUGCAAGUUCAAGUGGUGUUGCGCCGUGGAGUGUAAGGACUGUGAGAACACUGUGGACGUUCACACCUGUAAGCCCCACAGGCGACCCGAUUGGCUGGACCAAACCAGACGCUGAGGCCCAUUCUUUCAAAGGACAUAGCAGUGGCCAACUGCAUUGUGGGAUAUGUAUUUCCUACCCCUGACUCCUUUCGGACCUCCAUUACCUCUGACAGCCCCUUAUAAAGUGACAUCCUAAAGAACUUUUCCCAAGGCGCCGUAUCCCAACUUGGUUUGUAUGGUGCAGUACUGUAUGGGACUGUUCUGUGGGAAGGCUGUCUAAGAGAAUGGUUGGGCUGGGAGAGGGGAUAGUUCCUAUUUAUGUUUUUGUUUGUUUGUGUUGAUCGUGUGCUGCUUCCAAGGUGUCGAGGACACUAUUUUUCUACAGACAUUCAUUCACACAGUAUCUGUUGUGGAAAUGCAGAACAGGACAUUGUACUGUGAGCACACCAGAGAUUGAAUUAGGAUUGUUGGCUGGUGUAUGUGUUGUUGUUUUUUUGCUUUGUUUAAGACUAUGUUCUCUUUCUAAAUCUGUGAUCACUUUGUUCAGUGUUUCAUUGGUCUGUCAAUAGAAAGAGAUGAAGAACUGAAAUUGUACUCUGCUUGAUAUAAUGGAAAGACUGACUUGUAUUCAGUUGUUAGGAGUAAAAGAAAUAUUUAAAAAAGGUGGACAUCAUGCCUUACCCUACUGGUAAAGUGCAUUGGGAUGGAUGUACAGCAGAAAGUCUUACGAUCAACGUUUACCGCGGGCCAGAGAGCUGCUCUAUAGACACUAUAGUCAAAAGUUUGGACACACCUACUCAUU